AUGAUGUUUCCUCAAUCGAGACACUCGGCAUCUGCUCAGUCCGGACAAGCUCUUAAGUUCACCACCUCCGACUCAUGUGACCGCAUCAAAGAUGAAUUCCAGUUCCUUCAAGCACAAUACCACAGUCUCAAGUUGGAAUGCGACAAGCUGGCAUCAGAAAAGUCAGAGAUGCAGCGCCACUAUAUCAUGUAUUAUGAAAUGUCAUACGGCCUGAAUAUCGAAAUGCACAAACAGGCUGAAAUAGUCAAGAGACUAAAUGGCAUCUGCGCUCAAGUGCUACCUUACCUGUCGCAGGAGCACCAGCAGCAAGUCAUGGGUGCCAUCGAGAGAGCCAAGCAGGUCACACCCCCAGAGAUGAACUCCAUCAUACGGCAACAGCUCCAGGUGCAGCACCUGUCCCAGCUGCAGGGCCUGGCCCUCCCGGUGGCGCCCCUUCCGCUGGGCUUGACACCACCCAGCCUGCCGGCUGCCUCAUCUGGUUCGGGCCUGCUGUCCCUGUCCUCCAUCCUGGCCAACUAUUCGCACGGCCAGGCCGCCCAAGCUGCAAAGGACGACAAGGCUCGCGGCGACGCUGCCCCUGCCCAAGGCCAAGCUGACAGGCCACCGCCCAGGCCCGAAGAUGGCGAUAAGUCUGACUAG